AUGGUUAUAUCCCAGUUUUAUAUAUUAUCCCCAAGAGGAGAUACAAUUAUAAAUAGAGAUUUUAGAGGAGAUAUAACAAAAAGUAGUGCUGAAGUCUUUUUUAGAAAUGUAAAAUUAUACAAAGGAGAUGCACCUCCAUUGUUUUAUUUAAAUGGUAUUAAUUUUACUUACUUAAAAAAUAAUAGUUUAUAUUUCGUUCUAACAUCUUUAUUUAACAUAUCACCAAGUUACUUAAUUGAACUACUAAAUAGGUUAUUAAAAAUUUUUAAAGACUUUUGCGGUCAAAUAACAGAAGAAAUAAUUCGAAUGAAUUUUAUUUUAAUCUAUGAAAUUAUAGAUGAAGUAAUAGAUUAUGGUUAUUUACAAAAUAGUAAUACAGAAUAUAUAAGAAAUUUAAUUCAUAAUGAAAUAACUACAACUAAUGCGAACAAAAAAUUUGCUAAUUUAUCUAAUUUUUCUAUAAAAAAUUCUAACACUUUACCUUCAAAUGCCUCUCAAAAGCCUAUACAAAUUAAUGACAAAAAAAAUGAAAUUUUUAUUGACAUUGUAGAAAAAAUUAAUUUAAUUAUGAACUCGAAAAGCGAAAUUAUAUAUUCUUAUAUAGAUGGAGUAAUUCAAAUUAAGUCAUAUUUGCUUGGGAACCCAUAUAUAAAAAUAGCUUUUAAUGAUGAUUUGUAUAUAAAGAAUAUUCAUAAUGAUACUUCCAAUAACAUUAUUAUCGAUGAUUGUAACUUUAAUCAUUUAGUAAAUUUAUCACAGUUUGAAAAAGAAAAAAUUUUAUCUUUAUAUCAACCAGAUGGUGAAUGUGUUUUAAUGAAUUAUAGAAUAAAUAAUAAUUUUAAAGCACCUUUUAAAAUUUUUGCUAAUAUUAUAUAUAAUCAAAACCAUACGGUUGAAUUAAACAUUCGCAUAAGAUUAGAUAUUCCUUCUCAAUAUACAUGUACUAAUGUUUUUGUAAAUUGUAAUUUAUGUAAGCAUAUAACAAAUGUUCAUAUAAAUUUAAACACAAACACGGAAUUAUAUUCAGCCCAAUAUUUAUCAAAUGAACAUAAAUUAUUAUGGACUAUAAAAAAAUUUAAGGGAGAAAGUGAAUAUAAUAUAAGAUCAAAAAUAACAUUAGCACCAAAUUAUGUUUAUUCUAAACGUGAUUUCGGACCAAUUUAUAUUUUGUUUGAAAUUCCUAUGUUUAAUUUAUCAAAACUUAGAAUAAAAUAUUUGAGAAUCAUUGAAAAUUAUAAAUCAAGUAAUACUCAUAGAUGGGUUCGUUAUAUUACUCAAUCAUCAUCUUAUGUUUACAGACUUUAA